AUGCACUUCUCAACCCUCAUCGCACUUGCAGUCUCCUCGAUCAGCCUCGUGGCAGCCUCACCCAUCGAGAAACGAUACUCCGCUGCCAAGAUUCAAUCCAUCAGAGACUCACUCUGUCUGGCUCCCUUCAGCGCUUGGCAAAAUGGUACUGUCGUAGGUACCACCGGGUGCGACAAUGGUGCCACUUGGGAUAUCAACCCUGGUAGUGGAAGUAUCAUCCUUCAUGGGACUAAUUGGGCACUUCAAGCGCAGGGUGGGGGAAGUACCAAUAAUGCUGCAGUAGUUUUGUGGCAAUCUGCUCCUGGAACUUUUGCUCAAACCUGGUACUUGACCGGAGAUAACAGAAUCGCAAUUACCAACGGUGUCCAAUGUCUAGAUGAAGGUACAAAUGGUCCUCAAACUUAUCAAUGCACAACUGGAAACACUAAUCAAGUUUGGAACAUCAUCCCUGCCAACGGUACUCCUCCACCUAAUCAUACUGUGGGACGAGUAGCUGAAAGAGCGCCUAAACUUACUUCUGCAUGA